AUGAAAUUCACAUAUGUUCUAGGAGGGUGGGAAGGAACAGCAUCUGAUUCAAGAAUAUUAAAGGAUGUCCUAGGUAGAGAGGAUCCACUUAUCAUACCACAAGGUAAAUACUACUUGGGGGAUGCUGGAUUUAUGUUAAAAGGACAAAUAAUUACGCCGUAUCGAGGGGUUCGAUAUCACCUUAAAGAGUAUUCUCGAAGAGCUCCACAAAACCCAAGAGAAUUGUUUAACCAUCGACAUUCGUCACUUAGAAAUGUGAUUGAAAGAACAUUUGGCGUCUUGAAGAAAAGAUUUCCUAUAAUAGCUAGUGGAACAGAACCGCAUUAUUCGUUCGAUACAAUGACGAAUAUUGUACUAGCAUGUUGCAUUUUACACAAUUUUCUUCGAGGCGUAGACAAUGAUGAAUCGCUGUUAGCAGAGGUCGAUCGAGAGUUGAUGGAACAACCUAUGGAUACCAUGCCCACUCAAGCUCGUGAGGAUGAUCAUAGGGAAGGGUCAUCUAUACAGGAUGCUAUCGCAUAUGAAAUGUGGACAAAUUAUACUAAUAAUUAG